AAGAAGAAGAAGAAGAAGAAGAGGAUUUCACUUCCGGUUUAUUCGACACCAAGCAGCUGAUUAUCCAAACAAGUCAUGCCGGAGAAAGGAGCAGAAUUAUCCGCUAAACCUGCACUUACAGCGGCAGAGAAACAACUAUUCCACCGCCGACAGGAGCUCAACUACUGGAAGAAUAACGCUUCCCGGCUCCGCAGUCGGAACCUUCUGACCGGCCUGGCUAUCGGGGCGUUUGUGGUCGGCAUGUUUAGCUACACCAUCCUAUCCGUCAAACAGGAGAGAAUCCUGGAGGAGCUGGAUGAUGAAGCCAAGAUCCACAUGAUCAGAGGGCCACGGACCAGCGCCAACUCCUGAUGAGCCUCACUGACCAUGAACGGUCCUGGACUUUUCCCUGGCCCCUCACCACGGGGCGGUGGGGUCUAAUGUGUGGCAUGUGAGGAGUCAUGUCUGCUGAGCUUCUCAUACUUAAGACACUUGCAUACCACCUGCCACUCCAAUUCAUAUGAGGAAAAUGUUUUCUGUUUGUAAAUACAUAAAGUAUAUUGUUGAAAUUGUUGGUUUCUGAACUAUCUUCUGCGUUAAUAUAAAUCUUCUUUGUGGUCAUAACAUAUUGUGGGGAAAAACAGGUCCCUAAUUUACAAAUACGUUCCUAUUUAUUUUAAGACAUUUCAUAAAAAAGAAAUGCAUUAUGGCAAAUAUAAACAUUGUUAUUUUGGUACA